AUGGCCCUAUACGGGGCCCCAAUCUGGGCAGACUCACUGUGCGGACAGAGAAACGCCGCUGCCAUCCGAAGGCCACAAAGGGCCAUUGCACAGCGGGUGGCGAGGGCGUACCGCACAGUGAGCUUCGCGGCGGCGUGCGUUCUGGCGGGAGCCCCUCCUUGGGAGCUCGAGGCUUGGGUGCUCGGCAGAGUGUACGACUGGACGGCGGCGCAGAGAGCGCUAGAUCGGCGCCCGGACCCGAUAGAACGGGUAGAAGUGCGUGAGGAGGCGAGGGAGGCAAUAACUCGGCACCGGGCCGAGGACCUUGCCUCGGCAACGUUCGGUCGCCGGACGCUGGACGCCAUCGGGCCUGUCCUGAACGGAUGGCUUGAUCGGCGGCAUGGCUGCCUCUCGAUGCAUCUGGUGCAGGAGACUCCAAAGUGCCACCAUUGCGAAGCCGAGCUGGACACGGCAGAGCACACCCUCGAGGUGUGCCCAUCGUGGGCUGAACCCCGCCGCACCCUGGUGGCAGUGGUCGGGGAUGACCUAGAUAAUGACCUAGAUGAUAGAUUCCCAGACCCCUUCCACUAA